CAAACAGCUGUCUGUUUUACCCUUCAGACUUGCCGUAGUGUUUUGCAACAUUUAGCGCCAAGUUUAAUACUAACCGGAGUCAAGCUAAACCUUACGUUUAGGUCAAACUAACGCUUUCAUGAAUUGUCUAUGGGACUAACAUCUCCUUAGUUGACUAUAUUAACUCGCUGGCAAUUGUUAUCCGUAAAGUCAGGGGCCUACAGUUAACGUUAGUGUUUCACGAAGGAAGAGCAAAACAGGAGCACAAGCAUGAGAGCGCCUUUACUGUGGAAAUGAAACAGGCAGAGCCGCUAACGCUAGCUUUUUCUGGGUAACCAGCUCUUAAUACAUGCAUGGUAACUAGGGGGGAGUUAGCGUGUAAUGCUAGCAACACGGUCAGCUGAGGAGUCUCAACAUAACAGCCGAGGAAACAAGGAAAAUGAGAAGGAGUCUUGCUCCCAGUCAGGUUGCUAAACGGAAGCAAGGAGAUUCCUGUGAAGAUGAUGACUGGACAUGUAGAACUGAGAAAAGAAGAAAAGGUGACAAGGAGGUGCGAGAAAGUCAUAUUUCUCCCUUCAGAAAGCCUCUGACACAGCUGAACAUCCGGCCUGCAUGUAUGGACGGUGACAAACAUGAGGCAUUUAUACGAAGCAUCCUCUCCAAGCCAUUCAAAAUUCCUAUUCCAAAUUACACAGGCGCGCUGGGAAUCAGGGCACUUGGUCUAAAGCGUGCAGGAGUAAGGAAAGCACUUCAUGAUCCCUUCGCAGAAGAUGCUUUGGUUCUUUAUGAGCCUCCAACUCUGAGUGCUCACGACCUGAUCAAAGCUGACAAAGAAAAACUACCAGUCCAUGUUGUUGUGGAUCCAGUUUUAGGAAAAGUGCUCAGACCCCAUCAGAGAGAGGGGGUGAAGUUCCUGUGGGAGUGUGUGACGGGACGACGCAUCCCUGGAUCGUACGGAUGCAUCAUGGCUGACGAGAUGGGCCUGGGGAAGACUCUGCAGUGUAUCGCCCUCAUGUGGACCCUGCUACGCCAAAGUCCCGACGCUAAGCCAGAGAUAGACAAGGUCAUUGUGGUUUCACCUUCCAGUCUGGUUCGCAACUGGUACAACGAAGUAGGAAAGUGGCUGGGGGGACGCGUCUCCCCGCUGGCCAUCGACGGAGGUUCAAAGGAUGAGAUCGAUAGACAACUAGUGAACUUUAUCUCUCAGUAUGGUUUGAGAGUUCCAACCCCAAUCCUGAUAAUUUCUUAUGAGACAUUUCGACUGCACGCUGGGGUUCUGCACAAGGGCAAAGUUGGACUUGUCAUCUGUGAUGAGGGUCAUCGGCUGAAGAACUCAGACAACCAGACAUACCAGGCCCUAAAUGCCAUGAGUGCCCAGAGGAGAGUGCUGAUAUCGGGCACUCCCAUCCAGAACGACCUGCUGGAGUAUUUCAGCUUGGUGCACUUUGUUAAUGCUGGGAUCCUUGGUACAGCCCAGGAGUUUAAAAAGCGAUUUGAGCUACCCAUCCUCAAGGGUCGAGAUGCAGAUGCCAGUGAUAAGGACAGAGAGACAGGAGAGGAAAAACUCAAGGAGCUGAUCACCAUUGUCAACAGGUGCCUGAUACGGAGAACAUCUGAUAUCUUGUCUAAGUACCUUCCUGUGAAAAUCGAGCAGGUUGUGUGUUGCAGGCUGACUCCUCUGCAGUCAGAGCUCUAUAAGCUCUUCCUGAGGCAGGCAAAACCCAUCGAGACAUUACAAGAGGGCAAAAUAAGUGUCUCCUCCCUGUCUUCCAUCACAUCCCUAAAGAAACUGUGCAAUCACCCGGCGCUCAUCUAUGAGAAGUGUGUGGAGAGUGCAGAGGGCUUUGAAGGGGCGCUGGAUCUGUUUCCACCUGGCUACUGCACUAAAGCUGUUGAGCCUCAGCUCUCUGGGAAAAUGCUGGUUCUUGACUACAUUCUGGCAAUGACAAGGACUACAACUAGUGACAAGGUGGUGCUUGUCUCCAACUACACUCAAACGCUGGACCUCUUUGAAAAGCUGUGCAGAUCUAGAAGAUACCUCUACGUUCGACUGGACGGCACAAUGUCCAUCAAGAAAAGGGCCAAGAUUGUAGAGCGAUUCAACAACCCAUCGAAUCCAGAGUUCAUCUUCAUGCUGAGCAGCAAGGCCGGUGGAUGCGGCCUGAAUCUGAUUGGUGCUAAUCGCUUGGUGAUGUUUGAUCCCGACUGGAAUCCAGCCAAUGACGAGCAGGCGAUGGCGCGGGUGUGGAGGGACGGCCAGAAGAAGACCUGCUACAUCUACAGGCUGCUCUCAACGGGGACGAUCGAGGAGAAGAUCCUUCAGAGGCAGGCCCACAAGAAGGCCCUGAGCAGCUGCGUGGUGGACGAGGAGCAGGACGUGGAGCGCCACUUCUCUCUGGGCGAGCUCCGAGAACUCUUCACUCUCAACGAGGAGACCACCAGCGACACACAUGACAAAUUUCGCUGCCGCCGCUGUGUGAAUGGCCGGGAGGUUCGGCCUCCUGCAGAGGACUCUGACUGUACCAGUGACCUUUCCCAGUGGAACCACUGCUUCGACAAGAAGGGCCUCAGGGACCAAGUGUUGAAAGCCUCCUGGGACGCUGCUGUCUCCUUCGUCUUCCACCAGCGCUCUCACGAGGAUCAGAAGGGUGUCAUAUAGCAGGAGGAACUCAACAGACUUUCUAUUACGCUACCACAUGUACUAUAAAUCCUGAUAUUUAUUUGUUAUUCAGUUUUUUCUGUUGGAUAUUUUUUUUAUUAAAACUGAAAAAGUACAGCA